CACGGCGGUUCACUUGUCGUGGUAAGAACCAGCCACAUCCCCAGGCUCGUUAUCUCUUGCGCUGCGUGCCACCACCAGUGGUGCCGAUGGCUCUACCUUAAAGUACGCUCCUUUGACUCGUUUUGUGCAGGGGCGAAAGCAUGGCAGCAGCAGUAAGGGAGCUUUUGCUUAGCUUCUCUUCUGCUGCUCUUCUUCUGCUGCUACUGUUCCUGGCGCAGCAGCCUCUCGUGUCAUCUCUCAACGUCAUCACCCAUCUUCCGGGGUUCGAGGGGCCUCUUCCGUUCCAUCUGGAAACAGGCUACGUGGACGUGGAUGAAGCCAAUGGCGUGCAGCUGUUCUACUACUUCAUCAUGUCUGAAAGGAAGCCGGCGGAUGACCCUCUCAUGGUGUGGAUAACCGGCGGCCCUGGCUGCUCAGCUUUCUCCGGGUUAAUGUUCGAGAUAGGUCCUCUACAGUUUGAUGUAGCUGGGUACACCGAUGGUCUUCUUCCUUCUUUGAUCUACAAUCCAAUCUCCUGGACAAAGGUGUCAAGCAUCAUCUUUCUGGAUUCACCAGUUGGGACUGGAUUCUCCUAUUCAGACACCGAACAAGGCUUACGUAUCACUGAUACCAAGUCUGCCAUUCAUGUCUGCACAUUUCUUAAGAAGUGGUAUGUUGAUCACCCAUCAUUCAUCAAAAAUCCUCUUUACAUUGGUGGAGAUUCCUAUUCUGGCCUCCUUGUGCCAGUCAUUGCUCAAUAUAUUUCAGAUGGAAAUGAAGCUGGAGAUGGGUUGCACUUCAAUCUCAAGGGAUACCUUGUUGGCAACCCUUCUACAGAUGGAGAGUAUGAUGGGAAUGCAAUAAUCCCUUAUGUUCAUGGGAUGGGUCUAAUUUCCGAUGAGCUUUAUGAGGCAACAAAGAGGAGUUGUGGAGAGCAGUAUCAGAGUCCUAGAAAUGCAGAGUGUGCGAGUUGCCUACAAGCUGUGAACCAGGGUCUCUUUGGCAUCAACAAUGUCCAUAUCCUGGAGCCUCUGUGCUUCUUCGCGAGCCCCAAACGAAACAUACUGACUGCGGACAGAAGAAAAUUGCUUGAAGAACACCUCGAGCAGCCCUUGUCAAAGUCUGACCUCCCUUUGCAGUGUAGGAGUUCUGGAUAUGUGCUCUCCUACUUCUGGGCCAACAAUGACACCGUGAGAGAAGCGCUUGGCGUUCGCGAGGGAACCAAGCAAAUGUGGGUGAGGUGCAACUACGGCAUCAACUACACGAACGAUGUGUCGAGUUCUCUGAAGUAUCAUCUCUCCCUCACCAGCAGAGGAUACAGAGCUCUGGCAUACAGCGGCGACCAUGACAUGAGCGUGCCAUUCGUGGGGACACAGGCGUGGAUCAGAUCUCUCAACUUCUCCAUCGUGGACGAUUGGCGAUCGUGGUUUGUGGAUGGCCAAGUCGCAGGAUUCACGAGGACUUACUCCAAUAACCUCACUUUUGUGACCAUCAAAGGUGGUGGUCACACAGCUCCAGAGUACAAGCCGAAGGAAUGCUUAGCCAUGGUCGACCGGUGGUUUGCUGGUUCCCCACUCUGAUAUCGUCGUCACCUUCAACCUGUUUCUUGACGGCUAUCACGAGUUGAUACAGAGCUUGAUUCCCAGCAAGAACAGAGAUUGUGGCUAUGACAUUAUGAGCUGACUUAUACGUCUAAAUAAGUGAUUAAAUAAAGAGAAUAUUCAUGAAUUAUUCUUCGGU